AUGGAGAAUGAGAAGGACACAUGGAAGGUGAUGCAGAAAGUGAAGCGUCACCUGGCCGGCAAGGUGGAUACCGCAAAGGGCGUGCGUAAGGCGGGAGGGGGAGUACUUAUCAUAGAAGGUAAGAACCAACUGCAACAAAAGCUCAUAGCGGAGACGCUCAAGAAGGAUGAGGAGCUCAAAGUGAAGACGGAGCGCCAAAUUCGACCACGACUCCGUAUAACAUUGGUUACCAAGGGAUAUGAGGCGGACCUGGCUGUAGGGGAGCUAAAAGAGCAAAAUCAGGAACUAUUUCGGGAAUUCACUGAAGAAGACCUAAAAGGGGUAAAGAUAAUCAGGAGGAUGCCGUGUAGGAACCCUGGAAAGAAAAUUGGAUUUUGGAAGCACCGCCGGCGGUUUUCAGAGAAGAAUGCGAGCUGGAAGGGAGACUGGAUGCUAGGGAGCGUGUGA